UGGCACACUUCACUGAGUUGUCUAUUGCACCUCUUCCUAGGCUCGUGUUGUCUCACCAUGUCUUCACAGUCCUGGUUGGGGUCACCUGAAAGGGCUUAUGACACAGUCGCCCAUUCGAUCAGUCUUGCUUGGCUUUCUCUUCUGCGUGUUGGCAGGCUGCGACUCGACAUCCUGGUCUGGUUGUGAUAGAUGGCUCGUACUAUUGCUUACCUGAUAUAUUGUGUCUCAUCCUUUUACCAUGAAGUGAUAGCAGCAUGACAGAUUUUCUGCAGACUGCUGGACUUAAAAAGACAAAGAGGGAACACCACAGGAUAACAUGUUCAGGAUAUCUUUGACUGUGAUAGUGAAGUGAAGUUUAUAUCAUACUUCGGAAUGGUGCUCUCAAAUGAGGAUGGUGCUACAUUUUAUUUCUGAAUGACAGUAUUGUGAUAUUCAUCAGUGAUUCAUCAAAAAAUUAAUGUUCAUGCAGUUUUUUGAAAUGACUUCCAAAUGAUUUGAUGGAAAGUUUUGACAUCAAAGACAUUUUCUGUUCUCUGUGAUAAUCAUCAAUGUACAAUGUGCAAUGAAUGUUUGUGUAAAUCACGACUUUAAAAACGAUAUUUUGCCCAAUCUGUGACAAACUGUGCAAUGUUCCGUCCACAGGAACCUCGCGUUCACAGCUACACAGACCUAUACAGUGUCAGCAAUGAAUUGUACAGAUAUUGUACUGUAGUUGCAAACAACUCUAACAAUGGGGGCGUGAACUCAGAAAGCUGUCGCGCUGGAAACUGUAGGUUAUUGGCUGAGCAACAGGCCCAGUAUGACUCGCAAUUAUAUGCGGCACAGAACGGUAAUUCAAGGGAUUUCUAUUUUCCGGAGAGCAGUAAUAACGGUGCAGAAAGUGGUAAUGGCAGUAUGUAUGCUAUUAUACAUGAGAGCCUCGCAGAAGUUUUCCGAUGUUUCAUCUGCAUGGAAAAGCUGCGGGAUGCCCGUCUGUGCCCACACUGCUCCAAGCUCUGCUGCUUCAUGUGCAUCAGGAGGUGGUUGACAGAGCAGCGGUCCCAGUGCCCUCACUGUCGCGCCUCACUCCACCUCCACGAACUGGUCAACUGUCGUUGGGCUGAGGAAGUCACACAGCAACUUGACACACUCCAGUUGUGCGGACCACCAACAAAAUCAGAGGAAAUUGAGAAAGACAAAUGUGAAGCUCAUGAUGAGAAGUUGAGUGUCUACUGCUGGACAUGUAGACAGGCCAUAUGUCACCAAUGUGCUCUCUGGGGAGGAACCCAUUCCCAGCACACGUUCAAACCGCUGGAUACGGUUUACGACGACCAUGUCAAUAGUAUAAAGGAUCAAGUGAACCAAUUGAAGAGGAGGCAUGUGGAGCUUAUAUCACUGGUGCAAGAUGUGGAGAGGAAUGUCGAGAGUGUGAAGAAUGCUAAGGACGAGAGAGUGAGGGAGAUCAGGAAUGCUGUGGAGCUGAUGAUCGCCAGGCUAGAGUCACAGCUGAAGAGUAAACUAUUGACUCUGAUGGGUCAAAGGAACCAGCUUACCCAAGAAACCGAGUUGCUAGAAUCGUUAUUACAGGAGGUCGAACUACAGCUGAGGUCAUGUUCAAAGAAUGAACUGAUCAACAAGAGUUCUGAACUACUACAGACAUUCACUCAAGUGCACAGGAAGCCUAUGGGAUCAUUUGUCACUGCCCCUGUCCCUGCUGAUUUUAGUAGUGAAAUAGUGCCACAGUAUGAUUCAAGUACUUUCGUGAUGAACAACUUCACAGUGCUACAACAACGAGCUGACCCUGUCUACAGCCAACCACUUCAUGUCUCUGGUCUCAGCUGGAGACUCAAGGUCUAUCCGGAUGGGAAUGGUGUUGUGCGUGGAAAUUAUUUAUCGGUGUUCUUGGAGCUGUCAGCUGGCCUGCCAGAAACUUCUAAGUACGAAUAUCGAGUUGAAAUGGUGCACCAAGCCUCGCGGGAUAGCAGUAAAAACAUUGUGAGAGAAUUUGCGUCGGACUUUGAAGUGGGCGAAUGCUGGGGGUACAAUCGUUUCUUCCGUCUUGAUCUCCUUGCUAGCGAAGGAUACCUCAACGCUGAGACUGACACUCUGACGUUACGAUUCCAAGUGCGACCCCCAACGUUUUUCCAGAAGUGCAGGGACCAACAGUGGUAUAUCAACCAACUUGAGUCUGCUCAAACACAGUACAUAGCUCAGAUUAAUGAUCUCAAAGAGCGUUUGGCCAUUGAACUGUCCCGUGGUCAGAACAAGAAAGGCACUUCACCAGGAAAGGAGUCGCAUUUAGCCGUAAUCGACCCACACACUGGUGACAACAGUCCACCACAGCAUAGCGUGGUCCAUCCUAAACCGAUACGCCCCGCCCCGAUUGGUGUGGAUGGUGAGAUGGAUGUGGAGGGACACACUGAAUCUCAUGAUGAAAACACUAGCAACAGUAGCAACAGUUCAGAAUCUGGGGAUCUUAGUGAAUGUGAGCUGGAUGAUGACACGGCCCAUGAAGAUAUCCAUCUCGACAUUGACAGCACUCACAUGGAUCUCAUUGCCGACCAGAGUAAUGAUGAGAACGAUAUAGAUGAAGAAACAAUGUGUGCUGACAAUGAUGUCGAGAGAAACUGGGAAGAAGCUGAGAAUGGUGCUGUUGGGGGUUACACUCUGGCAUCCUCGAGACUGGAUGGGGACGACGUGCUUGUCCUCACACAGCUCCUUGAUCUUCAGAGCAAAUCUGGUGACGACAAGUGGCCUUACCCCCCUGCAUCGAGGCCCCAGACAUCUUCAAGUGUUACAAACCUGUCACCAUCCCCAAGGAGGUUGAGCUUGCCUCAGACGCUGCAGAGAAAACCUCUGACAACGUCUUUGUCUACUGAUGAUGUUUUGGAGAGGAUACAAAUGACCAUGUUAGCCAGUUCGUCUACCAGGAAGACUUCGCGUGAUUUUGAUGCAACCCGGGACAAAUCCAUGUCGCCUCCAAAGAAAUCGUUCAGCCUGAAUGACAAGGACAACCCAUCUGUACUAAGGAGAUCACCAGCUUUAUCUGAUGAGGCAGCUGUUGGUGGGGAGCAUGUUGUCAGUGCGUCCGGUGAUGAUUCUUUAGAACAAUACCCGUUGACUGAUCAAGACAUCACUCAGCUCUUUUCACCCAGGAGGGAACUGUUACGUAAUUUACAAGAAGAGGCCACAUCAGAUGAUGGGUCAGGAGAAAAUGCAGCUCUGUCCUGGAAGUAUGAGUUCAUGAAGAAGAUGUCGAUGUUGGAAAAGUCUGCUCGCGAUGUGGGAAGCAAGAAGUGUGAUCAAGGCAUAGAGAAGAGCAGUGAGGUGAAGGAAGACAUUGAGGUGGAGGAUGAUGAUGAGGAGGAGGAGGAUGUCAGUAGCGGUGGGUCUAGCCCCUCGGUGGAGUUCUGUACUCAAGCUAAUGAAAGAGCCAACAGUACAGACUCCUCAGUGGUGUGAGUAAUGGAGUGUGUGAUGAGUGGAUAGAUACAUGGAGGACUGUAAACUUCUGAAAGGAGGGAUAUUCAUUCAUCCUGUGCAGGAACUUGUGAAAACAUUGGUUUUUGUGUCCGUUGACUGUCUUGUGGCUGCCUUGGCUACCAUCAGCCUACAUGUACACCUUGGACUGUAGGCUGCCACCACUGACGUCUUGAAUAUCAGUGGCCAGAGGAACAUUUUCGAUGUGAUUUCUUAAAAUGUUGUUUUCUUCUCUUUUGUGAACUGAGUAGAUGAUAUCGACUGGGUUUAUUUAGAACAAGAAGGCUAUAAAUUAUCAUUUGUGUUCAAGCUGUUCAAAGAGGUGAUGUUUUUUUAGGUAUUUAUUAGCCUACUUGGUACGAGGAAGGAAGAGAUAAAAUGGGAUUUUUGGUGAGUUUAAAAGAUUGUCAGAUUUGUAAAAUUAUGUAAGCUAUUUUGUUGAGAAUUGUAGGUUUAUGAGCUUAGAAAGGUACAUGUGAAAAGUGCUGGAUGUGCUGAAUUGAGGGCUGGUACAGGGUGAGUGCCAUUCUUUAUGAAGGCCUCUUGUGAUGUUCUACAUAUGUUGUAUGAUGUGAACAUGAUUUCCAUCUUCAAGUGUUGCUGAAAAGUGUGAUUGACUGAAUAUUGAUAACAUUUUCUAAUAUUUUGCAUUUCUUAGACAAUUGUGUGCUGUUUACUAUAAGAUGAACAGAUUAUUUAACUCUAGGUGGACCGCACAUUUUUCUACAUGUCAUUCUUACAUUCCGUGAGCUGCUCAAAUUAAUCAUUCUGCGUUUCUUACCUGACAACCUGGUCCCUAGGCCAAGUGGAUUAUAACCUGUGUACCCAAUUGAUACCAUGACUAAAAUUGUUUUAUCCGGGGAUGACGUUAUCAGGUUUGUACAGAAGAAUUCCAAUCAGAUGAACAUUCAUCACAAUUCAUUGGUUUUCUCAUUCUUUACUCUUGACUGUUUUAAUUUUAAUGAAUGCAUGUACAUAGCCCUGCCAGAAGAUCAUUCAGUCCAGGAAUUCUUCUGAUUAUUAGUUAAUAACUGUAACAGCCCACCUUAUUUGGGAUAAACUUUGUGUGCAACCUAACUGGACUGCAUUCGCAGAAUACUUAGACUGUCUUCUGAUCCCGAUAACUUGAGAUUUUAUGAUAGAGAUACAGGAAUCACUAAACUGAGUGAGCCUAGUUGGGAGGAUUUAGUUUAUAAUGUUGCAUAUUUAUCUGUUUGCUUGGAUUUGGUCCAUAUUGGAUCAGUGAGAGCAGUGUACUGGUCGUGACCCUAGGACUUGGGCAUCUUCUUAUGUUUGCCGAGAGCAUUGUGAUAGAUCGGUGUAAUUUGCCUCCUGCUGAGACUCAACAGUGACACAGUAUGUAUUUUGACCUCAGCUCAGAUGAUACUGUAUUGAAAGCUUAUAGAUUUGUAGAUGAUAUGAUGAAAACGUCUUGGCUGAGAAAGCUUACUUGUCAUGCUUCGGCAGACUACAGUAUGGGCACCAUCUUGAUUUAUUUAGUGUGCAAUGUUUGAAAGCUUGUGUUAUCAUGUAUUCUAGGUGCAGCAUUUGAUGUUGUAGAUUGUUUAGAAUAAAAUAGGAGGUAUCUUUCA